AAAUUAAAUGUCUGAAGAACAAUAAGAAUUCGAAGGCUAAGAAGGAUAAGAAGGAAUGCCUGAAGGACAAAAUGAAUAAUAGUAAUAGUAACAAUAACAAAAUCAAACAUAACAAAAAUAAAAGCCUGUAGUCCCAAAAAGAGAUCCUCCUUAAGAAGGUGCAAUUGUCUUCGAUUUUGAAGUUUGUAAGGAUUGUGCUUCUCAUGCUUGGUGUACUCAUCAUGAUGAAAAUAAAUAUACUUAAUUAUAUUUAGAUUGCAUGGCAGGUAAUCAUUAUUACAAUAAUUAUAGAAAUUGAAGCUUAAAUUCCAAAUUCUUAUUGUACUUAUAAUGCUAAGAAGAACCCCGGAACUGGAGCUUUCGAAAUUUCUCAUAAAGGUAAACAGUUAUAUAAAUUAUUAGGAAUUGUUAUAUUUUCAAAGAGAAACUCAUAAUUAUUCCCUUAACCUAAACUUUUACCUGAAAGAAUAAGAUAAUUUUUAGAUGAUUUGGAAAAUAAAAGAGAUGUAUCUAAAUGGGCAACAAAAAAAGAAACAAAAUAAGAAUAACCAAGACAAAUUAAGGAAAGACCUACCUUUUAAACUUAUAUGAAAUAAAGAGAAGAAUAAGAGAGAUUGGCUAAAGAAUAAAAACUAAAAUAGGAAGAAGAAGCAAGAUUAAAAUAAGAAUAAGAGGAAAGAGAUAGAUUAGAAAGAGAAAGAUAAGAGGAGGAAUAAAGAAAAAUUGAAGAAGAAAAAAGAAAAUAAGAAGAAUAGAGAUAAGCAGAAGAAAAAGCUGCUGCUGAAGAAAAGGAAAAAUAGGAAUAAGAAUAAAAAAAACUUGAAUAAUAAUAAGAAGAAGCCAAUAAAGAACAUCCUGAGUAAGAAUAACAAUAAGAAGGAGAAAAAUAACCAGAAUAAUGAUCAUAAUCAGCAGAA